AUGGGACCUGCAUUAGACGUUCUGAAUCGAUCCUUGCAUGGUGAUGCGGGAGCGCGCUCCUUUCUGGAUCAGACAUCAUCAAUCUACGUCUUGGAUGCUACUGAUGUCUCAAGUCCAAAGACAUAUGGCUGCUGGAAUUUCAUAAACGAAGCCAUCAACGAAGUGGAGCGAGCAGAAGCUUCAGCACAAACCGUAACACUGUCGGCCCAUGUACAAUUACUGAUACAAAUGGCCUUAAGGGUAGCUCGAAGAUCGAGUGAUGUCGAUAGGUACCUGAUGACAAUGUGCAUUGAGAACGCUUCGAGGUAUCAUGGAUCGCCCAAUGAAUCCAAGCGGUUGAUCGAAAUCAAUGGUGAGAUUAGGGACAUUGUCAUGGGAAGAAUUGCAGCUCUCGCUUUGGAUCCAAAUUCUCAGAAUCCGGGAAAUACCUCAACCUUUGCGGAUGGUACUGUUCUAGACAUGCUCUGUGGUGUCUUGGCUGCGAACGCUGUAUCGAAUGGACCAGCGGCUGUUCAUCAUCUAAUAUCAGAAUGGAUACUACCUUCAGCCAUUACCUUUCCGCCAUAUUGCCUAGCAUGUGUCAUUUUACAUCUAGCAUUGGAAGCUUCUCGCAAGACGGCGCCCGCUGGUAUUCAAGACAUGCUGCAACAAGUAUCCAGUGCUGUGAUUUCGCGAGUGCUGGCUCCAGUCCUGGCCGAUUCUAUCAAGGAAACGAAUGCAAACUCGCAAACGAAUGGAGAAGGAGAAGGAUCAACUCAUGAACGAAACUGUCGAAUUGCUGCACUAUGCCUACAAGCUAUGGAUGUUUGGUGCAAGGUGACGGAUUUGAGUUUAGCCCAAAUAAGGCAUGUUUGCAGCAAAGUUCAGAUCAACAUUGUUGAUGUUCUCAGUGAUGCCAUGUACUCGGAUUCCAAAUUGGUGAUUGAUGCGCUAGCAGAACUAAUUGAGGGCGUUGUCAACAAGCAUCAAGACUUGACAGUAUCUAACGAACACAUGUCCCAAGUUCGAUACAUUAUGCAAGUUGACGAAGCUUCUUUUCGCUCACAUAUCACUAAAGAACAGCUAAUCACGAUCGAAUCCAAGGAGAUGCUCUCGAUUCUGGAAGAAUUGAACUCUGCAAUUGGACUGCAACGAUUCCGAUUCAUAGACCGACAGAACAGCGGUGAUGAAAGUGUCUGUCGCAAUCUAGCCCGAAUUGGGAGUUCCAUUGCCUCGGCAUGCAUCAAAGGGUCUCCAGGGAAUUCCAGUGCAGCUGGUAGUCUUUCAAUGGGACGAGGACUGCAUACUUUGCUGAUUCAAGCCGCCUCCCACCCAUCCGUCAACGUUUGUGGACUUGCGAUUGAUGUUCUACAACAGUUUUUACCCACAGAAAGUGGCCUCGAUAUCCAGCUUCUCCCGAUUCUUCAACGGAGAGCAAUCACUCCAUAUCAUGUAACGAAUGGUGUGUUAUCGUUGGAGGCAUCAGACAUUUGCAGUGUGGAUUACAUUGAGUUUGAAAACUUUCGAUCCACUGUACUUACAGAGGCAUUGGCUGCGUGCUUGAAACAUGACGGAAAACAAUUCUUAGCUUCCUGCACCAAUGCAGUGGAUGAAUUCUGUGCCGCUUCUCCGUCAGUACACGCCUCCUUUCAUUUGGAGGCGGCGCUCUUCUGCAUUGCCACUGUACAUGGCGAAGUAGCUGCAUCAAAUCUUGCAACUCCAAUCGUCGCAGCAUCGAUUCAAACGUGCAUUCAUGCCCUCGCCAGAAAGCCGAGAACCCUCAUGGCAAAUUCGCUAACCCUGGUCCAAGCAAACAAUCUCAUUUACAAUUAUGCCCCGCUUCUUGUGACCUUGCAGGCAACCGAAGCGCUAUCUGCAGCAACUGAUUUUGCCUUGUCCACCUUCAAUCUAUGCGGCACAUCAUUCCCAGACGAGGAGUCUUCGGUGUCAAUGAGACAAGAAGGGGACGUCUCGCCAUAUUCGAAAGCUUGCUUUUCGCUCAAGAAGAUAUUGACACUGGUUCCCCACAAUUUUGUUGCAGGUCAAGCAGUCGCGGCGUUUGGUGCGGCCUGGGAACUGUCCUACUCGGCUGCCAAUCGAAUGGAGAUUCUUACUGUGGAUGCUCGAAAGGCGAUGGCAGAGGGCAUUUGCUAUGUUAUUGCAUGUCUACCUGAAAAUCAACGAGGGAACUCGCUACUAGCAUUAGCAAUGCCGUCGAUUGACUGUCUUGAGACCAUGCUGCAGCAUGCCAAGUCGGCUGCCAACAGCAGUUUGGAGCAACAGGAAAGAAUACUCCAACGAAUAGCAGACGAGAUGAUUAUCGUCACAACCGUCAAGUCAUCCUUUUCACAGGCAUUGGCGAACGUGGAGCAACCGUCGACAGCAUCGAUACGUGCUAUCGAGCUUCCAAUCAUACAACGAUUGUGGCCAUCCGUUUCGCAAGCUGCACGACAGUACAACUCAAAUGAGUCUGUAUCCGAAGCAUUGGGAGUUUUCUUCGCCUCUUGUGUCCCCCGAGUUCUCAAUACGUCUACUUCCUUCGAAAUUUUCCAACAGCUGUGCACAGAAGCAUCAGCAAUUGUCCAAAGUGGAACAUCAAAGAAUCACAAUCUGGAGUGUGUCUUAAAGCUUGUAGAGUCCUUUGCGAAUGCGCAUGGUACGGUGAUGGAUAGGAUUGCUGCAUCUUUGUCCCAAGGUCCACACCAGCAGCAUCAAGGUGCAAAUGGGGAACAAGGAGUCGAACGUGAACAAGAGGUCUACCGGUGUAUCGAAUCGUUAAUAUUGUCUAGUAUCGAUGCCCUGAAACCAAUGUUGGGAGAGACUUGGACCUGUGAAAGACAAGGAAAUGGCCAAGCGGCAUUUGAGUCCAAGCCAGUGGCAAAGAAUUCAAGCCAAGAGAAGGCAACAACCAAAGCCCUUCCAUCAGUUUUCUCAUUGCUGAAAUCGCUGUCCAGGAGCUGCCCAAUUUUUCUUCUUCAUUUGCCUUCUUGCCAAGGUGAGGAUCCACGGGAAGACCCUCUCUUUGCUCGAGCUAUUAAUGCUGCAGUGGCAUCCGUUCUGGACUCGGAGGAUUUGCUAUCGCUGGGCUCCCUAGAGAUCCUUGCUAGGCUUAUACAGCUUGCGGAGUCUGAAAUCGAAGCUAUUCGCAACGUCGCUGGAGACAUUCUGUCUCGAGUCCGUUUUGAUGUAACCAUGUCACUAGUCAUUGGAUGUUGCGGGAAGUUGAAUGCGAGCACCUUGGACCAUGCUUCCGAACUUUUGAAACGGUUGCUGAUGCUGAAUGCUACACCAACCGAGGAACUUCGUUCAGUGCUUGUGAGAGCCUUAUCCAAUGAAUGUGUCCAUUUGGGUGUCCGAGGAAAGGAAGUGGUACUUGAGUCGCUCAUGCAAUCCUGUCAGAAUAUUGUCUCCCUAGAAGAUUUUUCGAGAUUGGCUCAUGAACUUUGGUCCCUCCACCAAAUAGACACGCCGGAAGCCCUACCCAACAGUGACAAGGUGGCCCGAUUUUGCAGAUCGUAUUCUCCUUCAUGA